AUGUCUGAUCUCGGACUCCAGCUGGUUGAUGGACUUCUGUUCGUCGCCCGCGCUCAAGAGACUGACAAGGCCAUUCUUCGAGAUUUCUUUGAGCAGCACUUUGAAGGCCAGAACGGCCGAGUUCUCGCAUCGCAGGUGCUUGCCACUGUUCUCACCCACAUCAGUGCCGACGAUUCUGUCACGGAUCUCCAUCGCCACGUCUUGACCAACUUGAUCACCGUGUUGGGUAAUGGAACUCAUGGAGCUGGUGGCCAUGCUGCCCCCGCCACUGUCCAGCGCCCGCAGGUGAUUCACGAGGCCGGAGGACAUGAAGUUGCACAGACCUACCGCUCUGCUACCCCCAAGGCCCCCAAGGGACCCAAGGGACCCAAGCGUGAGAUCUCCACGCAGACCCGCCCUGCCAAGAAGGAGCAGUCACAACGCGCCUCGCCCGGUGGUUAUUCCACUUUCCAGAAGUCUGACAAGGAGCAGGAGCACGCUCUUCGACGCAAGAAGUUCCUGGACGAGGUGUGUGGCAAGACCAAGAUGGCUGCAUGGGACAUCACUGUGCCGAACAUCAAUUAUGUAGGUGAUAAAUGGGGUGUUACUAUGCCGCAGCGUAACAUCCCAUCUCCCACCUCCACCCAGCGUCUGGAACAGCAACGCGGAAGUUCGACGAAGCCUUUCGAAGACGUUUGGUCGCCGGGUCCCCAGGAGUGGAACGGUGUCAACCAGGGCGAUGACCCCAACAAGUUCAGCUGGUGA